AUGACAACGUCAAAAAGCGAACGUAUAUUACGCUUCCUAUUCUCGUUCCUUUCCAUAACUUCCAUCCUGGCCUUUCAUCUGCCACAACAACAGAAUUUUCAUCGAAGUAUCCAUUGGCAGUUGCAUUCGAGCGGCAAAGAAUCCAAAUCCAAGUACGUGCCAGAUGAUACCGAGAAUGGGCCAAUCAACUCCAAAAGUCUAUUGGAGGAUGCGGAUGACUCUCUGCGAUUACAAAGAUUUGCGGACCAACAACAACAAGAGGAUGACUCCGCGGCCAUGAAUCGACGACUCUUCAUGGGAGCCGCCCUUUUGGGAUCAUCGGCAGUCGUGUCCAAUCUACCACAAGAUUUCGCAUCUGCCCUUGCCGAGGAGGAAUUCGAUAAAGAUGGUUUUGGCAAACUGAAUUGGAUUUCAACACCUGUCAACAAGCGAACUGGAGUGACUGUCUUUGAUGCGGAAAAGCUUGGUUACAAUGUACGCUUUGUGACGUAUCUUUCCCGCUUUUUGUUGGUCUUUGACUUGGAUUGUCAAAAAUGGUGGUAUUCCAAGGCAGCUGAAAUUCCCCGGGCGGCAUCGAAAGAUGAGGUGGAACUAGUCAGACUGAAACAGUUUGGUGCCUUUUCCGCAUCUGUCGAAAUCGGGCUUCAAGAAUAUGGAGGGAGUGAUGGGCCUGCCAAGUUAAUGAAGUCUCUCGUCUCUCGAUAUUGCCCUGAUCUAGCCGCUGUGCGAAAGAGUCGUGAGCAGUUGGGGUUGACGAAACUGACAGAAGACCAAGAAUUGAAGGAAAUGCGAGAAAUCAAAGAGGCUCGCCGACAAAUCGCUCUACUCUUUGGAUUGAUGGAAAAGAAUCAGCCAACCGAAGAAAUCAAUCAACUCUUGGCAGCCAUUGACAAUGGUUCCAUUAAAUCGGUUGUAGUCGAAGACGGUGGCAGCGGAUAUGCUCCUGGAUAUGGUUCUCCAUAUGUGGAAUUUCCUCCACCCAAGGCAGGACCAGACUUCAAGACGGCAACCGGUCGAGCGACAUUGCGACCGAAUGGAAAGAUUUUGCGAUUGGACGUUGGGAAUCGAGGAAAUGGAUACCAAAAGCCUCCAACCGUUACGCUCUCGGCACCAGGAGCUACCAGUGACAGCGAUGUUCCCAAAGGAAAGGCCGCUACAGCCAAAGCGUACAUUUUCAAAAAUGGACCCAACAAGGGCAAAAUUGAACGCUUUAAUUUGGUUGAUCAAGGGGAGGGUUACAAAGAGGGAGAACGGAUUCGAGUCACCAUCAGUCCACCUGAGCUGUCACCAGAAAAUGGAGGUGUUACUGCAACUGCAAACACGGUGAUGGAACUGGAAGUGGCAAGUAUUGAGGUUGUGGACGGAGGUUCGGGAUAUGCCAUUGAGACAAAUAUACCAAUCUACGUUGAACCACCACCAGCGACUGCCAAGGUCAACUUGAAUGACCCAUACGAAGCCAGAAUCAUUGACAGAAGUCAGCCACUCCCCAAGUCCUUGGACCCCAAACUGAAAAAGCUAAUUCUUGAACCUAACGACCCCAAUUCAUUGACUUCUAAUGUUGGCAAGGUGGCCAAGAAUGAAGGUGUCGGUGGAGCUGGAGGAUGCAUUGGCCGAGCGUGUUACGAUCGACCGGUGGUAGCGUGUGCAAAGGCACAGGCUGAGACGAGUAGUUUUAGUGAAUUCCGUAACGAAAUUGACGCACGAGAAGCGGUGGACGCGGAGGCCAAGGUGGUCCAAAAGCGAAUUGUCAAUGCUGUCAGUGCAGGAGCGGACAGUCAGAUGAAGAUUCCUGCAUUUUGGAAUGGCGGUCCUUCUUCGUCGUCUGCGCAACUCUUGACCCUCAUUCCAGCUGGAAUUGGACUAGAAUAUGACCAAUCUCUUCGUCGAUUCGUCUUGUCCGCCGAUACUGACUUUUUGGAAAUCAACAAGGGUUCGUUAGUGGGAACAUCGAACCGUCCAUUAGAUCCAGAAUUUGGACCACGGGGUAGAUCCCCGAUUGAACGAGAUGUGACUUUGAAUCUAUCCAGCUUUCUUCGAUUCUCCUUGUCGGGAGCCAUUUGUGCCUCGGGAGCGCAUUUUUUGCUAACGCCUCUUGAUGUUGUCAAGACCAAGCUCCAAACUGACCCGGAAAACUACCCGGGGGUGAUACGAGCGUUCAAAAAGUUGGCCAAGGAAGGUGGCAUAGAGGGGUUCUUUGCUGGAUGGGCACCCACUUUUGUUGGCUUCUUCUUUUGGGGAAGCGCCUCAUAUUCGACGACAGAGUUGCUCCGUCGAUACUUUGUCGACGCACUAGGCCCCGAGGCACGAACAUUGGAGGUUCCAAUCAUUCUGUUGUCUUCAGCAAUUGGUGCUGCAUUCAGUACCUUCAUCAUUUGCCCCUUUGAAUCGAUCCGCAUUCGAUCAGUUUCACAGCCAGACUAUGGUACCAACUUGUUCGACGUGACAGCCAGAAUGGUGAAAGAGGACGGCGUGUCAUCAUUGUUUAGUGCUGUCCCACCCAUGUUGGCCAAGGAGAUUCCCUUUAACACAGCAAAGUUCUUGAUCUUUUCACUGGUAUCAAAUGUACUCUACGACGCAUUCCCUGCAGCGCAAGAAGACAUCAAACUGUCCCUGGGGGUCAGUUUGGUAAGUGGGAUGACAGGUGGACUCUUUGCAGCCAUUGUGAGUAACCCAGGGGAUGCCACUAUCAGUGAGAUGAAGAAAUCUCAAACCAAAGUUGGACCCAUUGAAGCAGUGAAGAGCCUGAUAGACAAGGGAGGAUAUGCAAUGUUUUUCCGGGGUUUGCCUGUUCGUAUGGCAUUUUAUCCCUUGAUUGUUAGCAUGCAAUUCUUUGCCUUUGAUGCCAUUCGGCUAAAUCUGGGGAUUGGAUCGGAUGAUCUGAAGCUAUACCUGGACGUUCUGGGAGGAGCUUUGAACGAGGGCUCGGUAGGACCCGCAUAA